ACCACCGGCCACCGCACUCACCUCUUUCAAAAUUAACUUCCUCCAUCCUCUGUUUGCCGAUCUCACAACUGGGUUUCAAGAAAUGAGCCUGUGCGGCGGGAGUGUUUCUGCGGCAGACUUCACCUGCCAAACCAACUCAAUUCCCAUGCCCGCAGGACAACAGAGUUUGAAAUUUUCAUUUUUACAAGCAAGCAAAAGCACGAAUGGGAGGAACGUCGCCCGUGGUCCUUUGCAGGUAGUGUGUAUGGAUUACCCAAGACCAGAGCUUGACAACACUGUUAAUUUCUUGGAAGCUACUACUCUAUCUUCAUCUUUCCGUGCUUCCCCUCUACCGGCAAAGCCACUCAAAGUUGUAAUUGCUGGGGCAGCUUUAGUUGGUUUGUCCACUGCAAAAUAUUUGGCAGAUGCAGGUCACGAGCCUCUGUUGCUGGAAGCAAGAGAUGCUCUAGGAGAGUUCAGCUGGUUUGAUUUCCCAGAAGUUCUACCAGCACCUUUCAAUGGAAUAUGGGCCAUAUUGAAGAAUAAUGAAAUGCUGACUUGGCCAGAGAAAGUGAAAUUUGCAAUUGGGCUCCUGCCAGCAAUGAUUGGUGGGCAGGCUUAUGUUGAGGCUCAAGAUGGUUUAAGUGUUACACAGUGGAUGAGGAAUCAGGGCAUGCCUGAUCUAGUGACUGAUCAGGUGUUUAUUGCCAUGUCAAAGGCUCUAAACUUCAUUAACCCAGAUGAACUUGCAAUGCAGUGCAUACUGAUUGCUUUGAACAGAUUUCUUCAGAAAAUGGAGCUUAAUGAUGAUGGGACUCUAAAGAGCUUUGUACUAAGUGGUGGUGAUGUGAUUGAAGGAGAUGCUUAUGUGUUUGCUACUCCAGUUGACAUCCUGAAGCUUCUUUUGCCUGAAAGUUGGAGAGAGAUUCCGUACUUCAAGAGAUUGGAGAAAUUAAUUGGAGUCCCAGUCAUUAAUGUUCACAUAUGGUUUGACAGAAAACUGAAGAACACAUAUUAUCACUUACUCUUCAGCAGAAGUCCCCUUCUAAGUGUGUAUGCUGACAUGUCUGUGACAUGUAAGGUCAACAUUGUCAUUGAUGGCUAUCUAUUUCGUUGUUCUACCUCAACUUAUGUUUCUUUAAGCCAGCAGGAAUACUAUAACCCAAACCAAUCCAUGUUGGAGUUGGUUUUUGCCCCUGCAGAAGAAUGGAUUUCAAGAAGUGACUCUGAAAUUAUUGAUGCUGCAAUUAAGAAACUUGCUAAACUUUUUCCAGAUGAAAUCUCUGCAGAUCAGAGCAAAGCAAAUAUCUUAAAGUAUCAGGUUGUUAAGGCACCAAGGUCUGCAUACAAAAUCACCCCAAAUUGUGAACCAUGGCGUCCUAUGCAAAGAUCUCCUGUAGAGGGGUUCUAUCUAGCAGGUGACUACACAAAGCAAAAGUAUUUGGCCUCAAUGGAAGGUGCUGUUCUUUCAGGGAAGCUUUGUGCACAGUCUGUUGUACAGUCAAGGCGUCAUUGGCUUAUUGCUGAUAUACUGAGAUGUGCAGGAUCACAAAUUGCUUGUUUCGUUGGGGGAAAGGAAGUUGGCAGCGGCAAUACUCUGAUUACAUAAUUGGGAUUAGAUUUUGCGAGGCACUGAGAAUCAUCUAGAGAUUGGUUGCUUCACAAAAACAAGGUGGUAUAUUAUUUCAGCAAUGUUGAUAUCAUUAGUUCAUUACCCCAUAAAAAUUGGUAAUCUCUACAAAGACAGCUUCCUGAACUCUUCAAAAGUUUAUAUCCUUAAGUUCUAUCAUUAGUCAUUUUGUAGUUAGUUAAUAGCUAUCUUUAUUGGCAAUAUGAGUAAGCCACUUCUGUCUUUUUGUCGUUUUCUUUCUACUGUUCUCUCUCUCUCUCUCUCUCUUUCAGGUGUUGUGUAAUCCAGUCUUCAAUGUGGGGCUGUCUUUGGACUGCAAAAUCAAGAACCUUUUUUUUU